UGUCUGAUAUUAAAACAGAAGAUAUAGAGGGAGAAGAAGAGACGUAUGUGGCUGAUAUAAAGGCAGAAGAUAUGGAGGGAGAAGAAGAGACAUAUGUGACUGAUAUAAAGGCAGAAGAUACAGAGGAAGAAAAAGAGACGUAUGUGACUGAUAUAAACACAGAAGAUAUAGAGGGAGAAGAAGAGACGUAUGUGACUGAUAUAAAGGCAGAAGAUAUAGAGGGAGAAGAAGAGACGUAUGUGACUGAUAUAAAGGCAGAAGAUAUAGAGGGAGAAGAAGAGACGUAUGUUAGGGGUGAUCAACAGUGUAAGGAGGAGGAGAUCCCUACAGAUAUCAGCACAGAUGGACACACAAGCAGGAAUAUCUCAGAAGGACAUCUAAUGUUAUCCCCGGAUUGUGACAUAAAAGAUAAUGACAGUAGACCGGAUUCUCCAGGAGCUAACCCCAUUACCCCAAUUAUACAUCCAACUCUAUUUGCUGAUUCUGGGAAAUGUUCUCCUGAUCACUCUGAUAUUGAUGCAUCUGUCACAGCUCUGACAGUAGAUACAGAGUUUCCCUGUUCUAUAGAUGCCAAAUGUUUUACACAGAGCACAAAGCUUAUUACCCAUCAGACAGCUAAGGCAGGACAGAGGCCAUUUCCAUGUUCUGAGUGUGGGAAAUGUUUUACAUACAAAUCACUUCUUGUAAGACAUGAGAGAAGUCACACAGGUGAGAAGCCAUUUCCAUGUUCUGAGUGUGGAAAAUCUUUUAUACAAAAAUCAGCUCUUGUUAUACAUGAGAGAAGUCACACAGGUGAGAAACCAUUUCCAUGUUCCGAGUGUGGGAAAUGUUUUACACUGAAAUCACAUCUUCUUAGACAUGUGAAAAUCCAUACAGGUGAUAGGCCAUUUCCAUGUUCUGAGUGUGGGAAAUGUUUUAUAGAUAAGUCACAUCUUGUUAGACAUGAGAGAAGUCAUACAGGUGAGAAACAAUUUCCAUGUUCUGAGUGUGGGAAAUGUUUUAUAGAUAAGUCACAUCUUGUUAGACAUGAGAGAAGUCAUACAGGUGAGAAACAAUUUCCAUGUUCUGAGUGUGGGAAAUGUUUUAUAGAUAAGUCAAAUCUUGUUAGACAUGAGAGAAGUCAUACAGGUGAGAAACAAUUUCCAUGUUCUGAGUGUGGGAAAUGUUUUCUAGAGAAAUCACAUCUUGUUACACAUGAGAGAAAACACACCGGUGAGAAACCAUUUCAAUGUUCUGAGUGUGGGAAAUGUUUUGGACAGAAAUCAUAUCUUGUUACACAUCACAGAAGUCACACAGGUGAGAAGCCAUUUCCAUGUUCUGAGUGUGGGAAAUGUUUUACACAUAAGUCACAACUUGUUAGACAUGAGAUAAGUCAUACAGGUGAAGAACCAUUUCCAUGUUCUGAGUGUGGGAAAUGUUUUAUAGUUAAGUCACAACUUAUUAGACAUGAGAGACAUCACACAGGUGAGAAGCCAUUUCCAUGUUCUGAGUGUGGGAAAUGUUUUGUACAGAAAUCAGAACUUGUUACACAUAGGAGAAUACACACAGGUGAGAAACCAUUUCCAUGUUCUGAGUGUGGGAAAUUUUUUAUACAAAAAUCAAAUCUUGUUCGACAUGAGAGAAGUCACACCUACAAAGGGCAAGGCUUCAGCGUUACCAUCCAACAUGGGGGAAGCUUUCUCUCUGACCUCUCAUUACACAACGUAUCCUGAUCCCGGUUCUAUGUGACCUCUCACAUCUAUCACUUGUGUCACAUUACAUCUCAUACCUGUAGUUUUAUGUUUCUGUUGUUUCCCUGUUACCUGUUCUGUAAGAUCACCUGCUCUCAUUGUGUGGAUGGGGGAGGUGGGGGGGCCCGGUCACUUUCUAGCAUGAGUGGUAGUUUCUGGAACUAGAUUG